AUGUAGCUACAGUGAUUGUUUUAUUUCACUUUUGUGGAUACAGAACCCUUCUAUACUGAGAGUUUACAAUUCAUACCCGGUUAAAAAGCAUAGCCUAUGCCAGAUAAAGUGUCAGAGAGAGACUAUCCUUAUUGACCCCGUCGCGUCACUGGUGAGAGAUUCUAACUCAAGGAGUCCAAACCAACAACUAUGCUAUUCACAUAACCAGAGGAAGGAGAGAAGACGUCUUCAGAAGUCCCAGUCAUGAUGUCAGGAACAUUAACACGUUUCAAAUGCUGACUCUCAGUGAAAGAUCAGUGUUCGUUCUUGUAAGUUUAUUUAGGAUUACUUCUUUAUAAGGGAACUUUACCUCCGAUCACCGGCGAAAUGAAGACGGACGGCGCUUUUCGUCGGUUUGUUGGUCCACUACAAAUACAUGUUUAUUUGAUCCUUACUUUACCGAUCUUUUUCACAGCCUUUACAUUUUUCGUGGAUGUGUUUACGUUAUACAUUACGCCUUGCAGUAAGAAUAUAGCGAGCAAGUCUUUGAACCACACAGUGGACAUUAUUAUUUCCAACAUCACAACUCGGACAGACAAUCACAGCGACCUUACAAGUCAGGAUCUCACGUGUCACGAGGCAAAUCAUUUUGCACAUGGGCAAGCGACAUACAUGACGGGUUUACUUAUCGGAUCUUUAUUCGGUGGCGCUGUAUCUGACAGGUAUGGAAAGAAAUUACUUCUCAUUUGUUGCUCAGUGGUCCAUGCAGUCGCUACACUGGUGGUGGCAUUUCUGCCGUAUGUGCCCGCGUACCUGACUGCCCGCUGCAUCACUGGCGCAGCCUGUUGUGCCAUUCACAUCUGCACCUACAGUUUAGGGGUUGAAUGGAGUCUGCCCAAGUACCGUAUCUGGCCACCCACCCUGUUUUCUUUCAUCUUCAGUCUGGGAAUGAUGGGAUUGGCGGCCGUAGCUUUCUUGACCAGUGGCUGGAUGCAGUUUCAUCUGGCACUAGGCAUCCCUCAGAUCCUCUUUCUACCUCUUUAUUUCUUUCUUCCAGAAUCUCCUCGAUGGCUACUUCUUAAUAAGAGGAUGGAAACACUAGAGGGCUAUCAGAAUAGAAGUCCUGAAGACAAGCACUACUUGGAUCUUCUUUUGGAGUCUGUGGACAUUAAGACGAAGAAGUCACCCUCAGAGAAGACCUCCACUAAAACAGAGUCUAAUUUCUCCAACUUUACAUCACAUACUAUACUGCUGCGCCUGUUUAUCAUGAGUUACAUUGGUUUUGCAUCUGCUCUCACUUAUUAUGGGAUCUGCUUCAGUGUGGGAAGUUUUGGAGUAAAUAUCUAUCUGGCGCAGUUCUUCUCUGGACUAUCAGAGGCUCCCUCUUUGCUGCUUCCAUUUCUGUUGAAGCGAUGGGGCCGCAGGCCGUUCAGCAUGGGUUCGCUGUUCCUUAGUGGCAUUUCCUGUAUGCUGUCCCUCCUCGUUUCCAAGUUCUGCGACAUGCCUGCCCUUGUUAUGAGUCUGGCGCUGAUGGGCAAGCUGUGUAUGCAGUCUACCUCCUGUGUCUCUGUGCUCUAUGGGAUUGAGCUGUUCCCAACUGUAAUAAGGCAGAAGUGUGUCGGCCUGGUUAGUCUUUGUUACCGAGUGGCCUGUAUUAUAAAUGCAGUGGUUACCCCUGAGGGCGGGAUUCCUCUGCCAGCUAUGAUCUGUUACAGCAGUGGGCCAAUCAUUGGUGCAGCCCUGUGCCUGCUCCUCCCAGAGACCAGUGGCAUCCCUUUACCAGACACAGUACAGGACUGUGAAAAACAGCCCAGACUGAAGAUCUCAUGCUGCGCAUGUUGGCCCAUGAAGCCUAAACAGGAGUCAGAUGCUUCAUUUACCAAGGAGACGGACAUGAAGAACCAAACGGAAUGCAGUCCCCUCUCAGCAUAGUCAACAAGUGGAAAUUCUUUCCUGUCAUAGCAGAAAGUGACUUGUUCAUAUUUUCUAUAAAUUUUAGUGUCUUUUUUAUAACAAUCAAGUAUAAGUGGGGGUCUAUGCUAAGGAUGUCACCCUUUUUUUUCAAAAGGAUAUUUUCAAGGAAUUCUAUUAUAUAAUGGCGUUUCAAGAUUGUGUCAAUAAUGAACUUUAUUUCUGGAUGAUGAUACUGGAACAUGUCAAAACUCCUGUUAUACUGGAAUCAUUCAAUGCUGCUACUGACAUAUGCACAAUAUGUCUUUAUAGAGGACAUCUUCAGCUCAAAAACACGCACAAUUCUAUACAUUUUCUCCUAUGAGUAACCUUUGUUUUGUAAAGAUUUGACAAAUUCACAGAAUUUAUUUCCUAUAAUUUUAAAAAGUAAAAUAUUUACUUUCACAAAAACACUUGAGGACAAAGUCUGUAAUUCUUACACGUCUUACAAUUAAAUAAUAGGUUAAAUCAUUGUUUUGAACAGCUUGCAUAUAUACCAUGCAACAAUAAUACUACAAUCUUCAACUCAGUCUUCAACUUAGAUAUAAUGUGCACCUUUCUGAUUUUAUUAAAAAGGUUAUUUAUUGGUAUCUAUGGUUCUGUGAACAUCCAUGAAAAACCAUCCAAAGGGUUCUUUAUAGUGGAAAAGGGUUCUUUAGAUUAUUAAAAUGAUCCUUACACUAAGAAAACAAUUGUUUUAUUUUCUUGAUCUCAAAGACUUCCUGUAUGCGUUUGUUUGCUGAAGUGGAUUUAGAACUGAAUUAUGCAUCUUGAACUUUCUUCUAUUUGUGUCCUUUAAAAAAAGAGAAGCUGCUUCUUAAAAUGAGUCACCAGUAUUACAUAUGUGAUUUUUGGACAUCUUUACAGUUUCUUUAUGAAAGUUUAACAAAGUGAUCACUUAUUAAGAACCCAGUACAGCAUACAUUUACACCGACCAUUUAACCUCACCCAAAUGUCAAAACACAUUAAAUCAGUCUUUCGACAGGAUCAACUAAUAACCAAUAAAGUUAUUAAUAUUUUUAA